AUGACAGCUGUCAAUAUUAAGUCAGGCCGUCCAAUGGAGGAAGAUACCAGAUUAAAGAAAUUUCCUUCUAAUGGCGAUAAUUCAGCAGUUAUGGGACAGGUGUCGCCUGUCAAGGAUCACAGAAGAAGACGUUCUUCAAGUAUCAUAUCGCAUGUGGAACAAGAGACUUUUGAGGAUGAAAAUGAUCAACAGAUGCUACCCAAUAUGAAUGCUACCUGGGUGGGGCAACCUGGUGCUUGGAUAAUACACAUCGUCAUUAUAUUGCUACUAAAUCUUUUUUUCAAAUUAUUACCUGGUAUCACUAACGAUUGGUCCUGGACUUUAACGAAUAUCACUUACUUGAUCGGUUCGUACGUUAUGUUCCACAUGAUCAAGGGUACUCCAUUCGAGUUCAAUGGUGGUGCUUACGAUAAUUUGACUAUGUGGGAACAAAUUGAUGGCGAAACAUUGUACACACCCUCAAGAAAGUUCCUCAUUUUCGUUCCAAUUGCCUUAUUCUUAGUCUGUACACAAUUUUUUAACGGUAAUAAUCUGGAUUUAUUUGUAUUCAAUUUCAUAAUGACUACAUUAGUCGGUGUGAUUCCAAAAUUACCUGUAACCCACAGACUAAGAAUUUCCAUACCAAUUAUAACAGGCCCUCAACAAAUCAGUUAA